AUGCCUUACAGGGUAUCCACAGAGACGACGGCGUCCACCGCGCUCGGCGCGGCUCUCGCCGGUGAUGAGGAAGCUGACGAUGGUUGCACUAUUUGUUAUGAAGAGUACACAAGUGCUGGUGAACAUCGAUUGGCUUCAGUGAAGUGUGGACAUUUUUUCGGGUAUUCAUGUAUUGCACGAUGGAUUCGUAGUGAAGGUAGGAAUGCUGUAUGCCCCACAUGUAAAACGAAAGCAAGUAUGAAAGACAUACGUAAACAUUACACGGCAGCUGUAAAAGUAAAUUGGCACAGAUCCUGA